GUCUCAAACCAAACCAAACCAACCACGACGCCUCUCUUUAAUCACUCUAACCGUCUCCUAACUGUAUUAUCCCUCCAUUAUUUUCCAACCCCUCCUCUAAACUCAUAAUCUCUCCCUCAUUCACUCCAUCAAAAUUGACAAUGAAGUGGUCUACAAACUCAUCUUCAUCUCUCUUCACUCGACUCCUCUCCAAAUUCACUCGAAAUUCACCCAAUAAAAGCCACACUCCUCACAAUUCCAACAAUGUGCUCGAUUUCCCCUCUCCGAAUUCAUCGUUUUACCGAGACGAAGGCCGAUUCUACAGCCUCGACGAGCACGACCCGUAUUGGAGAAUCUCCUUCACCGACGGCAGAAUCCAGCCACGCCGCAGCACCGGCGGAAUCAAUCAAGAUUCCGAUGUGUUUCCCUCCUUCCGGAGGCUCGGAUUGGCCGAGUCUCCGGAGAGGAAAUUCAGUGAAAUGGUUUCGGAUAUAAAGAAGAUGAGAGAAAACAGGGGAAUGAAACAGAGAGGAAAAACAGAGGAAAACGGAGGAAGGAAACAGAGAGGAAAACAGAGGAGUGGAGAGAGAAACGAAUAUCUUCCUCCAAUUGAAGUGAAAAGGGGGGCCCGUGUCCGUGUGCGGAGGACAAGGGCCUCGAAGGUGUACUCCCCGAGAAACGAAUGCAAGAUUCGGGCUCUCGAGGAGAUGCAGAAAGCGAGGAGCAAGGCGAAGAAGAGGGCUCCCGGUGAGUGGGUGGUGGAGGGGAAGACGGUUUUCGAUAGCGUUGUGGUUGUCAAGAGCUCGCUUGAUCCGCGUCGGGAUUUCAAGGAUUCGAUGGUUUCGAUGAUCCGGGAGAAGGGGAUAGGGCAUCCUGAUGAUCUCGAGGAAUUGUUGGCUUGUUAUUUGACGUUGAAUUGCAAUCAAUAUCAUGAUCUGAUCAUUAGCGUGUUUACACAAGUUUGGGUUGAGCUUAAAGGAGAUUCGUUUGACAAGAAUGUACCAUAUUUUUAUUGUUAGAGGAUUGCUUAGUUGAGUUUUGUUGGUGUAGUAGAAUAGAGUUUGUUUUAGAUCUAGAAUCGAUUUUUAUUAUAUAAAUAGAAAAUGGUCACAUAUAUAUGUAGCUAAGAUUCAAAUUUGAGGUAAGUGAUGGUAGUGAGUCACAAUAUUUUGGUUA